UCCAUCGACAUUGCAUGGUUUUACCAGAAAGCAGAAGAAGAAGCUAGCCCUUUGUUUGAUUAAUUGUUCUGAGAAGUUUGAAUCAACGCAGCUUUGGAGAAAAACAAGACGAUCGAUCGAGCCAAUUAACAAGCCUUUGGUUUCUUUGAAAAUUAUUCAGAUGGGGAGGUUGUGGAUAAGAAUACUGGAGGCGUCGGAGCUGCUGGUGAAUGCAGCCAUUACUGUGUUUUAUGCUUUGUAUAUUGUCAGCACAGCUCUGUCUCUUAAUCUCUUAAAUGCUCUGUUCAACAAGACGAUUGCUGAGGAGGAGGUUGAAGCUGAUAAAACAGAGAGCAGCAGCAGUGUUGAUGGUGGUCUGCCUCCUGUAGUGAUGGUUCAUGGGCUCUUUGGAUUUGGCAAAGGAAGAAUGGGAGGGUUGUCGUAUUUCGGCGGAGCCGAGAAUAUGGACGAAAGGGUGCUUGUGCCUGAUUUGGGAGCAUUCACCAGCAUGCAUGACAGGGCUCGUGAAUUAUUCUAUUAUUUGAAAGGUGGGCGAGUUGAUUAUGGAGAAGAACACAGUAGGGCUGCUGGGCACUCGCAGUUUGGACGAGUUUAUGAACAAGGACACUACCCGGAAUGGGAUGAGGAUCACCCUGUUCACUUUGUGGGUCACUCUGCGGGGGCACCAGUUAUUCGUGUUUUGCAGCAAAUGCUUGCAGAGAAGGCAUUCAAAGGAUAUGAGAACACUUCUGAGAACUGGGUGUUGAGCAUAACUUCCUUAUCUGGAGCCUUAAAUGGAAGCACAAGACCCUACUUAGAUGGCAUGCAGCCAGAAGACCGGAGAUGCCUGAAACCCAAAAGUAUGCUUCAACUGUUGCGCAUAGGAAUUGCCAUUCUGGAUUGGUUCGACAUUCCUUGGAUAAAGUCAUAUUAUAAUUUCGGGUUCGAUCACUUCGGCAUAACGUGGAAGAAAACAGGCGUUUCAGGUCUUAUUGAUUGCAUCUUGGGGAAUAUAGGUCCCUGUGCUUCAGGAGAUUGGGUUCUCCCAGAUCUUACAAUUCAAGGAGCAAUGCAAAUCAACUCCCGUCUCAAUACUUUUCCAAACACAUUCUACUUCAGCUACGCCACCAAGCAAACGAGGAAAUUCAUGGGUCACACAAUUCCUUCUAACUUGCUCAAAAUCCACCCCUUGCUUUGGUUCAAAACCUUGCAGAUGAGCCAGUGGCGUUUUCCCCCAGAAGUUGAGCCCCCAUACAAAGGUUACAGGGAUGAAGAUUGGCAAGACAACGAUGGCGCAAUUAAUACUAUAUCUAUGACGUACCCUCGUUUCCCAAUUGAACACCCAAGUCGAUUUGUUGCGGAUGAUAAUGUUUGUCAACCCUUGGAACCUGGCCUCUGGUACUACAAGAUUUUGGAAGCAGAUCAUUUGCUCUAUGUUUUGACUCGGGAGAGAGCAGGAAUUCAAUUCGAUGCUAUGUAUGAAAGCAUUUUUGGGCGCUGCAGAAAGCAAGCACAUAGGAAAGCCCCAAUUAUACCAAACCACGUUCACAGAUAGCUAAUUAAUUUUGCUACAUCUAAUUAUGCAAGUAUAGAAAAAAAAUGUUACACAAGCAUUGAGGAUUAUUUUCUGACAAUGUAUUCUUUUAUUCUUUUAGGAGAUAAAUGUAUAAACAUUACAUACAAUGCCACAAUGUAAUGCUUAUUGUCCAAAUUAAUGCAAUUUCUCUCCUAUUCACUAGGGUGAUCAAGAAUUAAA